AUGGCAUUCCUCUCUGCUCUAUUUCAAUCACUGACAUUUUGUUUUACCUCGAAGUGUGAUGAGGAAAAACCAAGCUGCCAGAAAUGUACCUCACGUGAGGCUCUAUGUACUUACCCAAGGCUGCGGCCUUUGAUCUGGGUUGAUGGCAUCCAAUCUACGACUGAAGCUGGCAAAGAAGGACCAAAAGACAGCAAUGACUCUUCGCCUCCCUCAUAUAGCUCAACUCCUCGAAAUGAGGAAAUUCCCAACACGAAAACCCCAUGUCUUAAUCUCGAAAAUAUAGACCUCAUCAUCCAUUGGUUCACAAAAACAGUCCAUACAGUUAAUCCAACCUCCAACCCGGCUGCUCUCAAAAUAUGCCAGACUCUCAUCUUGAACGAGGCAAUGCAGCAUCCUUUCCUCCUUCAUGGACUACUUGCACUUUCCGCACUCCAUUACGCGGACUCCCAUGCAAAUCCCCAGAAAUAUAUUGAAAUUGCCAUUGCACAUCACACUCAAGGACUCAAUCUCUACCAUUCCGCUCUUUCCAACAUGAGUAAAGAGAACGACACAGCUUGUAUUGCCUUCUCAAGCAUCACUGCCAUGUUCGCUUUUGGUGUCUCGCGGCCGAAUCCGAUGAAAGUGGCAACAACUGAAUUAAUUGACGACUUGGCUCAAAGUUUUGAUCUAACCAGGGGUUGGUGUACGAUCAUCAAUGUGAGAAGACCAUUGAGGUUUCCUCCUGAAGAAGUCAAAGACAUCACUUUAUCAAUAGAUGCAGAAGCUGCUUUUGAUCGAUUGUAUGCUUCGAAUCAAGGCGAAAUGACAACCCUAUACGAGCAAGCGAUUUCUUAUCUCAAAGCUGCGUUCAAGAAGCUAGAAGGAGAAAACGAUAAUCCGCAUCUAGCUUUAGAAUGGGGAAACAUCGUGUCAGAAGAAUUUGUGAAUUUAAUCAAGGCACGAGAUCAUUUUGCUUUGGUCAUUGUAGGGUUCUAUUGUGUGGUUUUUGAGAAAGUGCCGCAGGUAUGGUGGCUCAAUGGUUGGAGUAAGGGACUUUUUGGUGUUAUUUGGAAGGAAGUUGAUUGCUCUUAUCAUGAGGUUUUGGAAUGGCCAGGGAAGAUUGCUGGAUUUGAGGUAUAG